AUGGCGGGGGAGAACAGCGACGUCGAACGGUUGACAGCACGGUGGGAGGGGUUUGAUUUGGAGGAUGAGCAGGAUGAGUUCGUGCCGGAGGGGGUUGGAGUCGGGGAACUCCAGGUUGAUGAUGAGGAGACAUGGGCUGUUGUUGGCAGGUUCCUAACUACGAAGCUGGUAAAAUUGGAAUUUAUGAAGCAAGUUAUGGCAUCCGUAUGGCAACCGGUGAGGGGGGUGCAGGUUACGGAGAUUCAACCGGGACUUUUCUUGUUUGUCUUUUAUCAUAGGACGGACAUAGAUUACGUCUUGGAUGGGGGUCCAUGGGGUUUCGAGAAUAAUACUUUGGUUUGCCGUGAGGUGGUGGCCGGAGUAGUACUGGGGGAGGUGGAUCUGAAUACAAUUGAUAUGUGGGUUCAGUUGCAUGGAUUGCCGAUGGGAUAUACGUCGGAUACAGUACUUGAGCAGGCAAGGAAUUUUAUGGGCAAGUUUGUGAAACAUGAUGAGAGGUUCGUGGGGGCACCAUGGCUUACAUUCUACCGAGUCCGUGUAGCUAUUGCGGUUGGGAAGCCGUUGAGGAGUGGUAUGAAGUUGGUGAAACGGGAUAAAUCGGUAAGUUGGAUAACUUUUCGGUAUGAGCGGCUGCACAAACAUUGUUCGUUUUGUGGGAUGUUGGGUCAUGUUCACAUGUUCUGUCUGAAAGCACGUGAGAGGCCUACGCCGGUUGAGAUGCACCCGUUUCUAGGGUUGCGGGCCGGGGGGAGUAGGGGGGCACCAAGGGCGGUGGGGGAGAAUUGA